AUGGAGCCCAGACCAACAGAAGAGUUAAUAGACAUGUUAGCAAGUAGUACCGGAACUAGGUCCAAAAUACGAAAAGCUACGAAAUCAGCACAAGUAACUGAGUUAGAAGCGGUAUCUGACAAAACUGCACAAGCGCGUAGUAGUGAGCAGGCUCAGUUAGUUAGUUCAGGUACAAAUAGAAGGCCAAAAAUAGGGAAAAUAACCCAAGCUGAAAAAGAUUUUGGAAACAAUAGUAUCCAAAGAUCACUGAGUUUUGACAGCAAAAUAGACCACUUGUUGUUAUUGGAAAGUAGUGAAAUGAAUCAGCCAGCUAAUCUGAAAGGAAAAGUGGAAGAUCAAUAUCGAGAAACCUCAACAGGUAUAGAUACAGGACGCAAGUCUGAUAAUGAAGAAAUAAUGAAUUCAGUAGCUGUAAUGAUGAGGCAGCAACAAGAGUUUUUAUCGAACUGCAUGCAAGAGAUGAAAAUGGAAGUCAUGACUCUAAACAACCGUCUACGAGAAGUGGAGCAAAGACCUAAUCGGACCCCGCAAAACUACUUAGGUAACCAGGAAAUCCAGCGGGAGCAGCACUCAACAUUUCCAAUAGAAAGAGAGAUGAGAAGAAGUGUGGAUCUAGAACGGUGGCAUUUGAAAAAAAAAAAACUGAAAAAAUCGCUAAUGAAAAAUUUGCGCGAAUCGCUAUCAGAAUUAACCACUAAGCAAUUGCAAGAACUUUUAAGAAAAUACGGCUUACCACAUUGGUAUAAUUUAAAAGUAAAUUUAAUUGACCGGUUAGAGAAAUUCAUGGAAAAUUCAGAGAAAAAUUGGAAAUCUGAAUUAAAAAAUAACGAAAUAACACUCAAUACAGAAGAAAAAUUAGUGAAUGUGAACAAUAAUAAUACGAUCGAGAGCGACGCGGCGGACGGUGAAACGUUAAACAUGUCAAGUGAACCGGUACAAAAUAAUAUAAACUUUAAGGAGGUCGAAGAAUCGUUAGAAUUGUUCGAUGGUGAGUCAAACAAAAAAAUAGAGGACUGGUUGCUUGAUUUCGAAAGCAUUUCGGUAGUGUGUAAAUGGAAUCAAGUUCAAAGAUUCCUAUAUUGCAAAAGAUUAUUACGUGGGGCUGCAAAGUUGGCCGUAGAAGCAGAAACUGGCGUCAACAGUUGGGAGAUAUUAAAACGAACUCUCAGAACUGAAUUUGGUUGCCAGGAAUCGGAAAACUUGCACAAAAAAUUGGAAAAUACGAAAAAGCUAAGUAACGAAUCAUUCUUGGAAUAUUUUUAUAAAAUGAAAAAAGUUGCUUCUAGAGGUACAGUGGAAGAAACACACUUAAUUGAGUACAUUAUAGCAGGCAUACCGGAUAGUUCACUAAACAAGGCCACACUCUAUCAGUCUUGUAGUCUUGAGCAGCUAAAAAUUAACCUCAAAGCUUAUGAGAAGUUUAAGGCCGAUCAGGAGAAGGAAAAAAGAUGCCAAGGUCGAAAUAAUUACGACAAUUAUUAUAGUGGAAAUCAGGUCAAUAAAAGAUGCAAUAACAGUGGAGCGGUGUCACACACAACACAACAUUGCCCAGAUAGGGGAAGAGGAAGAAGAUGUUUCAAGU